AACGUCACACGCGUAUUGCUCCGCGCUCGGUCCUAAUUUGCAUGUCUAUCGUAGGUAGAAGCAGUGAGUGGGUUUGUUGGGGUAUUUCGACAGAAACCAGAUCUAUCUACCGUGUAGAUAUUUUUUCGCUGAUUAUUAAACAGGAUUUCGUAGCAUAUUUUUUGUGUAAACACAUUUCUUUAAUCAGAAAUUAAGGAUUAAUUUGGAUAUAUCUCUUGAACUGUUAAGGACCAACUACUACCACAAUAACAAGACCUGGUACCCGAGACUAUCUCCCUUUGAUACUCUUCGCAACCUAUUGUUUACAGGCCAAUGAUUCCAACUGGGCUCGUCUGCAGGUCUUAGACAGAUAACUCGGGUCGAGGUCAAGAGAAGUCUGCUUGAUGACCUUCGCUUUUUGUCUCCUUUUCCAAGUAUUUAAGGAAACAUCCAGAUUUGAGAACCAGACAAAAACCCAGCUUGCACUAGAAUGCCAGUUCUAUUGUAAAACAGCAUAAAAUGAGACGGAAGCACCGGGACUAUCUCGUUGUAUACAUCACUUAGUUUCGUCUUCUUGCUAUAUACCCGUGAAAUCCGACCUAUAUAGUUUUUUUUUUUAAAAACCUACUGCCAUGGAAGCGGAUGAUUUUGACACAAUGAUGCCCACUAACGGGCCGAACCCGUUUUUCGACACAUGGGAUAAGCAUAACAGUAUAGCCUUCUCGUCUGCUAAAGGCUUACGCAACGCCCCUGGGGAGAACAACUGUUUUGUUAACAGUGCAGUGCAGGUCUUCUGGCACUUGGAUGUGUUUCGACGAAGUUACAGAAGACUGACAGGUCACGUGUGCAUGAACAAGUCUUGCAUAUUUUGUGCCUUGAAGGCUAUUUUCACCCAGUUCCAGUUUAGUGACCAGACAUCGCUCCAGCCGGACAGUCUGAGGAAGGCGCUGGCCGACACGUUUGCCAAUGAGCAACGAUUUCAGCUGCGGCACAUGGACGACGCUGCUGAAUGUUUUGAAAACAUCUUACGCCGCAUCCACUGCCACAUCGCCUACAACCACAACGAGGAUACGUGCACCGCGCCGCACUGCCUGCCCCAUCAGAAGUUCUCUCUCAACAUCGUGGAAAAGGUCAUGUGUCCUUGUGGGUCCAGUUCAGAGCCAUUGGCCUUCAAUGAAAUGGUCCACUAUAUUUCUGCUAAAGCCUUGAAUGCACAAGCUAGACAGAUGCAAGAGACAGGAGACGUGCUGCAUCCAGACAGAUUUGGCCUCUUACUUAGAAAUGCUAAUGCAGUUGGAGACAUUAGAGAAUGUCCUGGAUCAUGUGGUAAAAAAGUUAAAAUCCGAAGAACUUUAUUGAAUUCACCAGAUGUUGUGAGUAUUGGACUUGUUUGGGAUUCUGACCAUCCAACUGUUGAGAUGACCACAGAGGUGGCUAGAAACAUUGGUACCACAAUACUAAUGCAAGAUGUGUUUCAUUCAGUCCAACAAGAUCCAUCCCAUCUGCCCAAGCUCCAUCUUGUGGGUCUGGUCUGUUACUACGGGAAACAUUACUCCACAUUUGUGUUUCACAGUAAACUUCAAGUCUGGAUUUAUUUUGACGAUGCAACAGUUAGAGAAAUUGGUCCCAGAUGGGAGGAUGUGGUUGACAAAUGCAGCAAAGGUCGCUAUCAACCUCUUCUCUUGCUCUAUGCCAACCCUAAUGCAACCCCCAUACCAAUGGAGACUGCUCCCAAGAAGCGUACAAUGGCACCAGGCUAUGGCAUACCAGGUGGCCCAGAAGAAGAGAAUCCAUUGGACAGAACACAUGAAAGUAUCUCCAGCCAACAGUCCUCGCAGAGAUCAAGAACUCCUGUUGCAGAACUGACUCGGCAACAAAUGAACAAUUCUCCUUAUCAGAGAUCCGGGGAAGAGAAAGUCUCCGACCACACUAGACAGCAGAGUUUUAUACUGGCCAUGUCCAAACCAGACAAAGCCAGACCACUGAGAUAUGGUGGUCAGUCUAGUAAUCAUGGAGGCAUGCCUGGGCCAAUGAUGCCGGUAAGUGGAGCUGUUGAUCAGACCACUGGCCAGCAGAAAGACACAUAUUCUGACUACACUUUGUCUACAAGUGACCAGUACAGAAGACCAACCAUGGCUAAUUUUGAUCCCUCACAGCUGCCAGUAACGAACAUAAAAAAUUUUAUGGAUGGACAGAGGAAAGAGAGUUUUAAAAAGGACAAAGAGCCAGUUCGAGCGGAUGUUGUAAGAUAUCCGCAGGAGCCCAGCAAAUCUCAACUAUCCAAUAAUUACUAUUCAAAUCAGGUUCAGCAAUACCAAACUCAUAACUAUGAGCCAUCUAAUGGUCAGUACUACCAUCCAAAUUCCAGACAGAGGUCAGUUUCCCAAGGUUAUGAUGAGGCCUAUGCAUCAGACACUUCCAAUUAUGAAGGCGGUACACAACAUACAGUGGUUAAGCCCAUGGUCAAUUCUCAGAACUAUGACUAUGUGGACAGCAUGAAUCAGUCACACACACCUGUUCAGUCUGGACUGGCCACUCUGCCCAGAACCAAGAAAGAAUCUUUUGUAGUUUCUGAUAAUUACACCAGCAGCAACAGACACAGUGGCAAUCUUUUCAACCCAACUGGUCUACCACCUCCUGGUCCUGGCAAAUUGGCUCUAGACAAAUCUUUAGACUCGGAUAAAAAGUCGAAAAAAUUGAAGAAAGAGCUGAAAAAAUCUGACAAGAAGACGAGCAAGGCUUUGCACUCAUACAUUGUAGACAGCACGAUGAAGCCAGAGGACAGCCUUGAGCAAAAGCUCUACAUUGAUCGUAAAAUGGUGGAAAAUGUCUUGAAGCAGCAGGGACUGCAGCGACAGCCUUCAACCCACAGCACAAACAGCCAUGGCAGCUCGUCGAGCAUAGAGUCUGACAGCCUAAUGGGUCGGCUGAUUGCCUCAAGGGCAAGUGAAGGCAGCGUCACCACAGAUGUUUCGUUUGACAAUGUUUCCCUCGGCUCCCACAAGGAUUCUGGUUAUGGCAGCAGUGAUCGAAAUAGUUCCAGCUCUACGGGCAGCGGCACCAUUGAACCUCAUGUGCAGUACUUCAUCAGCAAAAGUAUGGUGGUGCCGAGAAAUUUCAACCCACAGUGGCAACCUCAGCAACCACAGCCAAUGGUUACAAACUUUGCCGCCAUUGACCCUCAACCUUUUGAAGGGUCAACCUUGAAAGACGUGAGCUCAAUGUCAAAAGAAGAACUGGGUCGACAUCUUUAUGAAACUCUUUCGAAUAGAAAAGUGAUGCAUCCAAUCAAAGAAAGCAGCCAGGAAGACAUUUUGAAGUUGCUUCCCAAGGAAGAGAACUGGAGAGAUCAACCUUCACCUUACAAUGGCCUUGAACCAACAGGAAGGCCACCACCUAUACCUCCUAAAAAUUUUGCAGCUUUCCAAGUUUCGAAAUCAGCCCAUCAGAGAGAGGCUUCAAUUGAAAGUCUCGACAAAAGUGAAGUCAAGAAUGAGUACUUUUUAAAAAUGUGUGAGAAAGCUGAUGACUUAAUGGAUAGGUGCGUGAUAGCCGAGACUCAGGGUGACCUUUCUACAGCUCUGAUAUUCUGUGACAGUGCAUUAGAUUGUUUGAAAGAAGCCAUGAAUCAGUCGGAUAUUCCACAAAAAGCUCAAAGCUAUGCAGAAAAGACCCACAAUGCAUGUCUUCUGAAGUCUCGAAGUCUCUACAAGAGAAACUCUGAAGCUCAAGGAGGGAAGAGGUCCAGCAUUACAAGUAGUGAUUCUGAUAACAGUGACAGACCUGUCAGUAGAGUCACAAGAGAACGAAGGCCAGCCCUUCGAAAUGGUCAACAGAUGCGAACGACCCAAGCUCCGGGUGUCAAUCGAGGACCACAGCUUGAUACAUCAAGUGGAUCCUCCAGAAGUUCUCCCCUCCCACCUGCUCUACUUUCAGCAAAGGAGGAAGUAGGUCACACACGCAUGACAUCAUCUUCACCUUUGACCUUGAGUAAUGCUGACCUGCAAACUGCAUCUCGUUACUCUUCUUCAGAUAAAAGUGAUACUGAAGGAGGACAUAUCAGGUCUGGAAGCAACACCUCAAUAAGAUCUUCGGCAUCUGUGCCCAGUUCAUUGUCCCAAAAUGUAUCUUUGACAAAUGUAACUAUGAGCAGUAGAGCUCAGCAAAGUUCUCGUGGCAGUCCACCUGUUAACCAGCCACUUGACUCCUAUGGGACCCUUUCUCGCAACAGGAAACCCAGAAGAACUUCAGAUCCAACAUCCAACUCCGACGCCUACCAAAUGUAUCUGUCUCGGCAGAAAGCUGUUCAGGGCAGCAGUGGGUUUGAUCUGAGAGAGUCCGACAGCAGCAGUGGCGAUGGAAGUGCGGGACAAAAGCUUCAGACUGGAACCAAACUUCCUGACCCCAGGACAAUGCUAGGGUCUAAAAACAAUUAUGAUAAUGCUGGUCAGCGAGGGAGCACUAGUAGUUGCGGCAGUAGUGGCAGCAACUUCAGCUCAGUUUCUCAAACCUCCUCUAGUCUGGCAGAUAGAGGAUUGCAAUACAACAUCACACAACAGCAGCAGGGCCAAGCCCCAACAAGAUCUAGUCCUUCAAUUGUUCAAUCAUCGUUUCAGCAGCAACCAUCGUCACAGACUGUUGACCAGUCUCGACCUUCAUUCGCAAAUAGUCACCAACAGAUCAUAUCAGGCUAUAACCAGCCUCUGCCUGGUCAUAGAAGCACAUCAAAUUCACAAUACUUAGGUAAUGGACAGUCUGCUCAACCAUUAGCAACCUCUAAUGGUCAGGUUUAUGGUCAGCAGACUUCUUUCAACCCAAUUCAGUCGCAAUCGAGAGUGACUGAAGCCCAGUUACCUAAACCCCCUCAUCAAUUAAGUUCUAGUCAGAGCAGCAGUAACAUUGCAUCUCAGUACAUGGUCAAUGAUCUGAAUAAACCUGCAGCAUCACUUCAGCAGUCUGCGGCACAAAAGCUCAGUCAUAGUGUUCAGAAUCUCAGCAUCGGUCGAAAUGGUCCACCACCUCCACCUCCUACAAGAACAACAUCCACUCUAGGACUCCGCCAUUCACAGCAGCUUCAAGACGUGUCUCACCCUACAGGUACCAGCCCGCCCAAAAAUGUCAGCGUGGCCAGGAUUUUGCCCAACAGUCAUAUUACCCAGGGAACUGACAGCCGAAUGUCAGGGUCUCCGACUCCAGCUUACAGGCAGCCAAUGGCAGCAAUAACCAGUUCUCAGUUGAAACAUGCCGCUAGUACCACAGCACUUAAUGUUCUGCCUUCAGUUCCUCGACCUUUAGAACGCUGCGCCUCACAGCUGGACUGUCAAAAUCUGGUAGAGACUGUCUCCACCUCUUUCAGUAAAUCAGACGCUUUGACCUCGACUUCCACUUUUGUAUCUGGCAAUCAACAGAAUACUUUGCCCACACGCCAAGAACAUUUGAGUACAGUCAAGAAAGUUCUGCCUACUUCUGAUGACAUGCUUCCGCAACAAAGUGUACGCUCGCUAGCGUCACAGUUUGAUAAACAAGUCGAGAAACCUGCCAUCAAACCUAAACCUAUCACUCUGAUCAGAAGUCGCAGCAAGUCCGAGUCAGGCAACAAGAAACCUAAGUCAGUCUUGAAGAGCAAGAAAAGUAAAGGUAAAACUCCCAGGAAAUCUGUGACAUUUGCUGACAAUCUUUGUGACCUAGCAUCUGGCUAUGAAUCUGCAGCAGAACUGACUUCCUUCUCUUCCAGAACUGUGGACAACGACAGAGCCUAUUUUAGUGAAGACGACGAUCUCUGCACGGCCAAGUCAGAUAAUGAGCUAGACGAUGUGGAAGACAGUAGCAACAGUGAUGACUAUUCUCUGGUUAGGGAAGAAUUUGCUUGCCAUCUUUGCCGGAAGCGAGAAUUUGAACCUGGGAGAAAUUAUUGUUCAAAGUGUUCCUUGUACAUGAAGCGUCUGUCUGCUCAGCAGAGAGAACAUCGGUAGAAUUGAAAUGAACAACUGGAUGUUUAGUGUAUAAAUUUAUGCAAUGUAAAAUUUUUUAUUUGGAAAAAUUUCUUAGAAUUAUGUGCUAGAAUACAUUUUUAUGAUAAUCCUAGAAGUCUCAAUUGUGAUAUUCCAAUGUUCUAAAACAAAAAUCACUAUGGGGGGUCGUGUAAAUAUGUAAAUACAUUGUUCUGUCUCUGCAACAUUCCUAAAAAGACUUUGUCACAUUCCAUUCAAAUGAAUAUUUUUCAUACAUAGAUUUCAAAUAUUGCAAAAUAUUUUUAUACUUAAAUUUUUGUAUACUUGCAUGUAUUUUAAUUUUUUUUAUCCUUGUUGAUGAUGUGCCAUAUAUAAUGUACUUUUAUGCAAUUGUAUCAAAUGUACAUUCCAAGUGAUUUGUGUCCUGAAAUGCUUGAUGGCAAGUUUGUUGUCAAGGCCUGGUCCACAAAUCCAAGAGACAAGGAAUUGUGUGUUCAGUUUGUAUCAUUCAUGUUCAUUUGUCUGUCUGUCCAUUAUUGGAUGUAAUGAUCCUGACAGAGUUGAAGAGUCGUAAGUAAACACAACAGGCUGAGACAUUUAGUCACUAUUGGUUUUAUGAACACUGUACUCUCUAACUAGUUAAAGGCAGCCUUGUCAUGGACCUAAAUAGUUUAAGGCAGACUAGUCAUGGACCUAACUAGUUUUAAAGGCAGCCUAGUCAGUCUAGUAGAAAGUUGAAAUAUGGAAUGCAUCUAUAACAAUGUACUGAAAUAAUUUAUAAUAAAUUGGUUAUCAUUGAAUUGUAGAUAAAUUUGUUUGACAUUUAACAAACGGUUUGUUUAGAGUAUCUUGAUGUUUUGAUGUGUAUGAUAUUAUUGUUACAGCCUUCACCCUAUCAGACAUUCCAAUGUUCUGUUCAUUUUGACCAAAGUUUUAGUUUGGGGAACAAACUUAUUUUCAUAUUCAUCAAUUGUUCAGUGUUGAGAAGAUAAGAUGUUUCUAAAUUCUUGUUUUACUAUUUGUUGAGUCCAUGAAAUGAAUUUAUUGUCCUUGCAGGCAUGCACACAAUGUUUAUAAAAUCUCUGAUGGAAUUUUGUCAACUUCAAAAUAUAACAAAAUUAAAAAAAAAAAAAAAAAAAAA